CAAGUCAACACAUAGGUUAAAAAACAAUCAAUUACAAUAUAUUAAUUAGGGUUCUACAACACCAAAUUGAAUUGAAGGAAAAUUUCAUAGCUAGAGUGAGAAAAACAAUUAAAAUGGAGAAGACAAUCAUCAUGAGAAGAAGAUCAUGCUUCUUGCUAAUCUUGAUGCUCUUUGUAGUGAAAUCAAUCCUCCAAUGGUAGUGGAAAGCUCCAAAUCUCCUCCAAACUCUCUACGCUCAUCACUCUAUCUAGGAUGCAAGAAGAACUCUAAUUUCUCUCUCAAAAACCAACUCUCUCCCAAAUAUGAUUUUUGCAUGAACUUUGCAUCAAAACUGUGAGGUGACUGGAUGCAUGUUGUUUCAAUAACAAAGUUCACGUUCUAGGUGAAAUCCUCACGUCAUAAGACCGUGAGGUUUGUAACCUCCCAUGAGCCAUCCUGUUCCUCCUGGGUCUUCUGCGAAGUUCACAGUUUUGUUGGAAAUGUCACACCUUGGCCAUGAAGAAAUGCUAUGGAUCAUGAGUUUUAACACUUCUCACCAUUUUGUCAUGUUUUGACUCCCUUUUGUGAGACUUUCAUUAAUCUCGCCAAUUUCAUUUGCUAGAACGUGAAAUAUACUCAAACAUGCAAAAAAAAAAAAAAACUAGCGUAAAAUGACUCCAAGGAUGUUGCAACACAAGUCAAACGACAAAGAGAAAUGAGUAUAAAUGUUUAUAAUUUGACUCGAGACAAUUCGUGGAACGGCCCUGAAAUGUAAUUCUACAGAAGGAGGAAGACAAUUAAAGACAAUAACGAAGAAUCGACCCAACCUAGGAUCCGAAUGCACCCCUCUGCUGAAGCUGGUGAAUGAAAGACCUCAAAGUCACCUUCUGUAAUCAUCUUGGAAAUUUGCGUGUUGAUCACGAGAUAGAAAUGUAUCACGUGCCACUAGGAGCUCAACGAAGUACUUGUCCAAAAUACCUUGGUGAUAUGCCGAGGCUAGACAAAAGUGCACAUAUGAAGAUUGGAUAACCAAACUAGAGUAAAUACGAGCAUCUUAGUGAAUAACUGCGUUGAAAUUGAACUUGAGAAAGUCGAAUAGGACAACGAUUCACACGUUUCCUUUUUUUUUUCUUACAAAUCGAAUGGACUUAUGGCCUGCAGAGUUGAUGGGCCAUAUUGAAGCCCAACUAGUCUCUUUGCAUUCUCUCGUAGCCCAACACCCUUAAACAGAUAAUCCGGUUUACCUACCCCUCCAAUCUCCAUCGUUAGUCGGCCAGUCGCCACCGGUCACCGUCGACUGAAUGUCGACGCUAAAUAUGGGAGAAUCCCAAAAUUGGGAACCCGCGCGAGGCGCGAACCACGCGUAGAAGCAAAAAAGAAAGUUUUUUUUUUUUGUUGGGUUUCCGAUCAAACGCGGAGGAGCCAUGAUUAAGCAAAGCAAUAAACAAAUACAACAAUUUCACCGGCGUAGUCAGGGAUGACGUUGCUGAAUGCUGACUGUGAUGAUUGCGGUGAAUCCAAGUCAAACCGGCCGCGGCCAGCUUCCUCGUUCCCAUCUCCUCUCCUAUAAAUAAAUUGUGUCGACGGGAGAUCGUAUUGAAAGAACCAGCCUUCGAUCUUCCCUCAACCCAAUUGAUAUCAUCAAUCGUCAUCUUGCAGAGCUUGGCAUCUGAACACCCACCAAAAAGAGAAUAAGCAAUGGCAAUAGCCGAGACAUUCUUCAUAUCGCACGGCUCCCCGACGCUGUCCAUCGACGACUCUCUGCCGGCCAGGCAUUUCUUGAAAUCCUGGGAGCAGAAGGUAUACCAAAAGGAGAAGCCCAAGGCGAUCCUCGUCAUCUCCGGCCACUGGGACACCAAGCUCCCUUCGGUCAACGUCGUUGAUCGCAACGACACCAUUCACGACUUCUAUGGCUUCCCCAAACAGAUGUAUCAGCUGAGGUACACGCCACCAGGAGCACCCAGAUUGGCAAAGAGGGUAAAGGAGCUGCUGAUGGGAUCUGGGUUUGAUGAAGUAGUGGAAGACAAGAAAAGAGGAGUGGAUCAUGGAGCUUGGGUGCCAUUGAUGCUCAUGUAUCCAGAGGCUGAUAUUCCAGUGUGUCAAUUAUCUGUUCAGUCUGACAGAGACGGAACGUAUCACUACAACAUGGGCAAGGCCUUGGCUCCAUUGAGACAGGAAGGGGUGCUCAUCAUUGGCUCUGGUUCUGCUACUCACAAUUUGAGAGCUAUGGACCGUGCAGGUAGCUCCGUCACUCCCUGGGCUCAGCAGUUUGAUACUUGGCUUAAGGACUCCCUCGUCGAAGGAAGAUAUGAAGAUGUGAAUCACUACGAGGUUAAAGCACCACACGGGAAGAAGGCUCAUCCAUGGCCAGACCACUUCUUUCCUCUUCAUGUUGCAAUGGGAGCUGCUGGUGACAACUCCAAGGCCAAGCUUAUCCACCAGAGCUGGACUCAUGGCACUCUUUCAUAUUCCUCUUACCAGUUUACAGCAGCAGACUAGUGACUAGUCAGUCCUCUCUUGCUUGCUUGGUUUAUGUUUGUUUGGCCAAUUUGUAUAAUGUUACCUUGGAAUCUUGUGAAAUCUGUGUGUAAACUCUAGUCCAUUUGUUCGUGUGAAUGGAUCUAUAGCAACUUUUCUUCCUUCUUUACCCAUAGACAUAAAUUGUGAGAGGUCCAAACGUUUGAGUUUCGAUUGUGAAGUCCUCUUUGUAAAGUAAAGCAGCUUGUUGUAA